CUUCUCCCCGAUGCAUGUCCUUCGCCCCUAACCAUGAAGCCCGCGAGCAAGCACUUCUGCUGCACCAUCUGUCAGCGGGGUUUCACCCGCAUUGACCAUCUCAAACGACAUCAUCUCCGCCAUUCCGGUGUCCGCCCUUAUUCAUGCGUUUUCUGCAACGAGUCCUUUGCGCGUUGUGAUAACCUACGCGAUCACUACACGGACUGUGCCAAGCGCGGGGAUCAAAAGAUCCCGGAGACCGGUCAAAGAGGCCGAAGGCGACAUGCCUGUCAGUCGUGCACAUCGAUGAAACUGCGCUGCGAUGGUUUGAGCCCAUGCAGCUCGUGUCAGAAGCGGAACCUACGGUGUAACAAUGAGCGCAAGCAAACAGCCGACAACCUGGAGCUGGUCUCCGGCUCGGCUUCGGUGAAGCGUGAGGACUACGGAGCUUCCUCGGAUCGCGGGUCAAUCAAGUUUCUCCUCAAUGGUGGUACAGACAGUUUCACCGAGGAGUUCCUCCUUCCUCCCCGCAGCGAUCGCACUCGCGGCCUUGAGUACCAUAAUCAGAAGGGUCGGCAAGAUGCUGGGCAGAGAAUGCUCGACUUCCGGACAGGUGACCCGUCAGACUAUGCACCCGCGUUCGUCGAGUCGGACCCGGCUUCCCUCUCGUUCUUCCAGGAUACUUUUCUCGAUUUCUUCAAUGGUCCGUUCGGAAAUGUGAACAAAAUAGUCGGCGAUUCCUAUGCUGGUGGGGCCAACUUCCCUGCGAUGGUGCCCCCGAUACCAGAUCCCGGCCUCGCGUUCGCCCCGCAACCUACAUAUGAGCCGGAAGAACCGUACGCAGCCGGAUUGUAUCAGGCGAUUCUAGCACGGGCGUGGUCCGUCCCUCUCGAUACCCAAGCGCAGGAGCGUUUGUCAACAUAUCUAAGCUUUUUGUUGACGCCCGCCCGCAUCGACAAGUUCGUCCGAAUGUAUCUGGAGUACUGGCAGCCCAGUUGUGCCAUGGUCCACCUCGCAUCACUGAAUGUGAACACCGUUGCGUUGCCCCUGCUCGCAGCGCUCGUGUUCAUGGGUGCUACGUAUACGGCUGAUGAGCAGGAGAAGCAUGCUGCAAAGCAGGUGAUGGAUUUUGUUGAACUCUACAUUUUCUCCAGCGAGACCUUCUCUCCGGAGAACGAGGUGGCUUUGGCCUUCAGUGGACGUCGAAUGUUUGAUGGUGGGAAUAAUGACUGGAUUCAGUUUCAGAACCUGCAGGCCGGCUUCAUCAUGGUUAUUGCGCAGUACUGGUCGGGUAGCCCGACGGCGCGCAAUCGAGCGAUGGAAAACCGGUUCAGCGAAGUCAUCAAGGUCGCUCGUCGAAUGAGCCUUCCCAAAUGCCGCCAUAACCAACACCAGGCUGUCUCGGAGUUUCAAUGGAUUCAGACAGAGUCUCGCAUACGUACCAUGAGCAUCAUUCUGCUUCUCGACUGUGCAUUUUCCUUCUUUCAGAACUACCCUUGCCGUCUGUCACAUCUGGAAGUCGAGUGCGAUUUUCCUUGCGCCGAGUCCCUUUUCGCUCUCGAACACCCGUACUCCGAUCGCAACUUCCAGGCCUCGAGGGGAGUCACGAUCUUGGAAGCGUUUCACAAUCUAUUCGAGGAAGAUCCCAAGGACACGAUGCCUUCCACUCCGGACUCAUCCGCGUCUGGCAGUAUGGCUAGUCUGACAGUACUCGACAUGUUCAUACUGAUUCACGUUCUGUACACUUUUAUCAAUUCGCACAUGUCACUACUAGGUCCCAUCCUCCGGAAGACUCAGAAUUCUCAUCCGAAGCAUCUCUUCAGCUUCGAUCCCCCAGAGAAGAGCCAGUCUCGGGCGAUCCCAGACGACCUCAUGCUAGCCCAUAUCCGAGUCGCACUGGCCCGAUGGCGCGAGCACUGGAUGACGCUCAGCAACACUCUUUCGAGCGGGGAGUGGGCGUCGAUGGGCUUCUUUAAGAACGGGUACAACUUCUGGCUGGUUUCGCAACUGCUCAUCACGAAGAAGAAGAGCGUGGACGUGGUGAUGCAGAUGGAGGUCAACUGUGAGGACAAGUUGCAGAAGCUGAAGGUUCUGCUUGAUGAGAAUGACUGAGGUCAUUGCUCUGAUUUACAUGUCUCUCUUGAUAUGUCGAGGUCGCCUUAUGGAAAUAGGGAACUACAUAUGUAUGGGCGCGGGCGUCUGGAGCCAUAGGUCUGAGAAUAGGACAUAAGCCCACGGCGAUUAUGUUCUGUCUGUGUAUUACUACAUAUGAUGUGUAUUAUAUUAAUGUAUGGAAAGAUCUGAAUUGUAUGUGAGACGAAUCU